AUGAGCUCCUACUUUGUCAACCCGCUCUACUCCAAAUACAAGGCGGCGGCGGCGGCGGCGGCGGCGGUGGCGGCUGGGGAGCCUCUGCCCGCCCCGUACUACGACUGUCACUUCGCGCCCGAGGUGAGCGGCCGCCACGCCGCAGCCGCCGCUGCUCUGCUCUACGGGACCGGCUUCCCGCAGCCCGGCGGGGCGGGGGGCGGCGGCGGAGCGGACUUUUACCAUCCGGCCGGGGGGAGCCCCGCGGCCGCCUACCAGCCGCCUCCUCCUCCCCCCGCCGCGCCUCCGCCUCCUGCCCCCUGCAGCGGGGUUACCUGUCACGGGGAGCCCGCUAAAUUUUACGGAUACGAUAACUUACAGAGACAGCAGAUUUUUACGACACAGCAAGAGGCCGAGCUGGUACAAUAUCCUGACUGUAAAUCGUCCAGUGCUAAUAUUGGCGAGGAACCAGACCACUUAAAUCAGAGCUCGUCUCCUGCUCAAAUGUUUCCCUGGAUGAGACCGCAAGCAGCGCCCGGGAGGAGGAGAGGGCGGCAGACGUACAGCCGCUUCCAGACGCUGGAGCUGGAGAAGGAGUUUCUCUUUAACCCCUAUCUGACCAGGAAGAGACGAAUCGAGGUGUCCCACGCCCUAGGACUCACCGAGCGACAGGUAAAGAUCUGGUUUCAGAACAGGAGGAUGAAGUGGAAAAAGGAGAACAACAAGGACAAAUUCCCCGCUUCCAAGCAGGAGGGAAAGGAAGGGGAGGCCAAAAAGGAAACACAUGAUCUGGAAGACGACAGAGCCGAAAGCCACACGAAUUAAAUUAAUUUUGCCCUAAAAGCCUUUGUGAAAGGCCAUCAGAAACGAGGAGCCCACGGCCGCCGCUCCGGCCCGUCCCCGCCGUGUGCGUCCCGCGGGGUCGCGUCCCGCCCCACUGCGUGCUGUGUGGGUUUGGGUUUGGGUCUAACUGCAUCCGGAGCGAUCUCCAGAUGUCCGCUCGUCUGCUCCUCCUGGAAAUCUGAUAGCGAGUUCGCAGCAAUACAUUUCUAAUGAUAUAUAUAUAUAUAUUAUAUAGAUAUAGAUACUAUUUUUUUUCUUGCAAUAUUGAAAGGCAGUGAUUGUGACAUACACUUCCUAAUGAUAAACGCCAUUAAGCGAGACAUGUACCAAUGCUUUAUUAAUCAAACAAGUGCACUUGUGCUAUUUUAAUUCUUGUUAUUUUCUAAUCUCGAAUAAAUUAAAUAAAUUUAAUACAUUUUGAAGAGCAAAUCUUAGAAAUAUA